GGGUGCAUGUGUAUGCGUGUGCACAGUAGCGUAUACGCGACGGCGAAGGUGAAAAUGUUGGUGGCGAGGAGCACCGUGGCGCGCUGAGACACAGGCGACACGACGUGGAGUGGGACGCGUCUCGUGUAUCACCGUGAACACAUAGUGAAAGCGGUGGCGGCGACGAAGACGACGACGACGACGACGGCGACGAAGGCGAAUACGAAGGCGAAUCGGACGAUUGGGUUGGAGGAGAACAGCGGUGCAUUGCUGCUCGCGCGACGGACUCGUCAUCGUUGAGGUGCCGCGGCGCACCGUCGCAUUCGAGUGCACCGUUCGCCAAGCAGCAGCAACGCUGCAGUUUACUCCGCGUUUGACGGUUACCUCGCACGCGCGCGCGCGCGCUCUCCCUAUCUCCGCUGCACUCGAGGCGCCCAGGACGAUCAGCUGUUGUGGGUGUUCCGUACGUUGUGGACAUGUCCGUCCCGCGAAUACGACACCAAGGCUCGGAGUAUUAAAUGUAACGUCAGACAUCAGUAGUACACACGGGUGCGAAAACUCGGUUACGACACUCCGGAGAUGAGGUGGUGGUCGCACGGUGGUGCCGUAUCAGCAACAGCCUGACUAACGUGCAAGCACUACGUAUGUAGAGAGAGAGUGUGUGUGUGUAUGUGUGUGAGUGUGUGUGUGCGCGCGCGCGUGUGUAUGUGUGUAUGUGUGUGUGUGCAGCAGGAGGUGACGCACGAACGACCGGGGAUUAUGACGAGCAGCGCGAGGCUCCGACACCGACGACGUCCGCGCAGCUAUACCACCCGGAUAAACCACCUGCACCGUGCCGUAACUUCGCCAUGUACAUAUGAUUAUCCGGGUUCAUGCGUUCCCUCACUGUCAGCGGCGAGCGUACGACGACGACGACGGGCGCGGAAGGGAGCGGCGGCACCUCGACUUCGUCGACGGGGGAUCGGCGAACGCAGAUCUCCAACGCUUCCGCCUCUUCCUCAUCUUCUACCUCCCCGUCGUCCGUAACCGGCAACGACGUCCAGGGGAUGCCUAGCCUACACUCGCUCGUCCUACGACGGGCACCACCGCUGACGGACAUGGGCGCCGCGACCAGUACGUCAACUGUCAACCAGCCUGCCAAAGUCAACGCGGCCGGCCAGAAGAAGAUCGACCAAAAGGUCAGGCUCAGUGGUGGCAUCCGAUUGCCCCUGAUACGCAAGGAGGCCAGUGUGGUGAACCUUUCCUUAACGGAGAGGACCGCCCUGGCACCGGGCGGCAUCGGCAGGGAGGCGGACGCGCCUCUUCUGCGCCCGGAGAGCAGCGCGAGUCUGGAGGCGCGCGGCGGCAACGGUGGCAGCUGGAUGAACCUCGGUCCCGGCGGUGCGCUUAGAAAGUGCGAGACCGCCGUGGGACUGAGCACUUCUGCCCUCGAGGGCAGGCCUAUCAAUCGCAGCAGGGUCUGCUCGCGCUGCUCGAGCCUGCUGUCCCUGGCGUCCAGCUCACGUUACAGCCUAGCCGCCGGCAACUUCGUCCCUGCGAGCUCGCAGCAGACGAUCGGACGGAUAUUCUGUAAGCUGUGUCUCGUCGACACCUCUCUCUCGAGAACGUUCAAGAUCGAGGGCUGUGGUUGUUCCUAUUGUAAAGAUUGCAUGCGUGCCUAUGUAGAGUUUGAGAUUGAGGAGGGCGCAUAUGAAAUUAGUUGUCCUGACGCUCAGUGUGAUCACGGCGCCAUCCUGUCCUUGAAGGAGAUAUCGAGUCUCGUCAAUACAGAACUCGUGGAGAAGCAUUGCAAAUUUCGUUUAAAUAGAGAUGUGUCGAUGGACAAGGGACGUGCAUGGUGUCCACGAGCGGGUUGUGAAACAAUAUGUUCGAUAAACAGCAACAGUGGAAGCGGCACUCCCCUAGGUCCCGUUCACUGUCCCAACUGCUCCACAAAUUUUUGUUCAAUAUGCCGCGAGCCUUGGCACAAUGGGCCCUGUUCAGAUCUUCCAUUAGGAAUACCAUUUGGUAGCGAUCACAUUAAAUGCUGUCCUAUGUGUUCCGUGCCGAUAGAAAAGGACGAAGGUUGUGCUCAAAUGAUGUGCAAAAGAUGUAAACACGUGUUUUGCUGGUACUGCUUAGCAUCCUUAGAUGAUGACUUUCUGUUGCGACAUUACGACAAGGGACCAUGUAAGAAUAAAUUGGGCCACUCACGCGCGUCCGUGAUAUGGCAUCGAACGCAAGUGAUUGGGAUCUUCGCUGGUUUCGGCCUACUUCUACUUGUCGCAUCGCCCUUGCUGUUGUUGGCGGCACCUUGCAUUGUAUGCUGUAAAUGUCGCGUUUGCGGCUCUUCCAGACUCGAACAGGAAGAAGGCGACACGACGACAUAGGACCUUCCAAACGUUUUAACAGAUUCUCGCUUAAUUAUUUUUUCGAGAUAAAAUAUAAGGCACUCUUGCUAGGCUUCCGCACAUGGAAGACAAUAUAAUUGGCAACUUAUAUAGAUAUACAUUGCAUUUUGUUAAGUUUACGAUGUAUUUUAUUUUUUGUGUCUAGAAGAUACGUAAUAUAAAGGGCAAGAAUGUGCAUAUCUCAGUCAAGAGAGGAGAGCAUAUUGUGAUUAAUUAUAUAUUUAUGUUUUACUUAGACACUUGUUUGGACGGAAUAAGAGAUGUUGUAAUUUUUAUAGUUAUAAUACGUUUGUUCUCUUCUGAUGUAAUACAUUUAUUUUAUAUAGUCACUUAAUAAGUUUUAUAUGAUGAUUACGUUUAUAAAAAAGAUAGUCUUUAUUGUAACGAGAUGAAUCGUAAAUAAUUAAUAAUGCGAGUCACACACAAGCAACUUUAAUUUAUAAAUACUCAUUCAACGAAUUCUUAUAUGAGAACAUUCCAAGAAUUUAUUUAUCGAAUGUCAGAUUUUGUACUGCCGCAUAAGCAUGCUACAACCGUACGUCGUGAAAACAUUGUGCUGUAAAUUACAAUUUUGUUUUUGUUAAUUUCUAUCGGCCAGAAGGUGAGAUUAUUUUUUGUUGCCCUUAUAAAAUGGCAAUAAUCAUUUGGUUUUGCCUAGCCUAAUUGUUAAAGUAUGUAAUAUAACUAAAUUAUAUUUAAAUGAUAUAUUUCAAAAUAUAUACAGUGUAUGUGUAUAUCUAUAUGUGUGCCCGCAUCGCGAACUAUCGUGCAAGGCUCAGAUCUACAUUUUUAUAGUGAAACGAAUCUUUGAUCACGUGAAGAAGUAUUAGAUUGUACAAUAUUCUAUAUUCUUGUUAUCUUAAUUUGUGGGUGCUUUCGUGUUUACUUUGGUGAUUUAAUCGCGCAUGUAUAUUACAUGUACAUUAAUUUAGAAUGUGAGUAUAAAAGUAUAGCGAGUAAAAAUAGCUAUUAUAUACAAAGGAAUCUAUUUCACGUGCAUUUUAUCAUUGAAAUCGAGAGAAUGUUGUUAAUAUGUAUUUAACACGUUAUCGUUAUCGAUCGAUGUAUGAGCUGUGCAGUUAACGUUUGACAUUAAGAAUCUAUAAAUCAAUAUGUGCCAUGUGAUUGCGAGACUUUACUAGAGUUUACUUCCAGAAGCUCGAAAUCUGCGAGGAAGCGUAAUUCGCUUUACCGAAACGUGUUAAUUACAUUUAUAAUUAAUCACUUAUGCAUUAUAAAUUAAAUUUAGAUUAUUGAAGGUCACGAAUAUUAAUAAUCAACUUUGGACAAUAGUUAUAUGUUAUCUUCAAGAAAGAAAAAAAAACAGAUUCUCAUCGCAAAUAAUAAACGAUAUAAAUAUCAGGAAAACAACAGAAAAAUAAAAUAUAUGUGAUUACGUAAUAAAUAUAUGUGGUAUUUUGUAUAUAUAGUAAAAUGUGGACGCUUAAAUGACAGAGUAUAGGGAGACGGUACGUUUGGAUAAAAAAUGCAUUUCUCGCAAGUAAUACGGUACAGACAGAGUUCAGCGAACGAUUACGUUACAUGCUAAGUUUCUCUGUAGUUGACUUUCAUUAUUUUAUGUCAGAACUGUUGAAAUAUCUCAUUUGUUGUAUUAAUAUCGCAUGUAAAUAUAAAAAGUACAUACACACGCAUACGUGUGUAUGUAAUUAUGCAUUUGAUUGUCUGUGUGUGUAUGUGUGCGUGUGUGCACUCGUGUGUUAAAAAAAUAAAGAUACAAUGAAUUAGAAGUACCCAUUA